GCGGGAAGCCUCGAUUCGGGUUUCGCCUUCGGGGGGCUCCCGGAAUCGGUGCCUCGUCCUGGGGUCUCUCUACAAGUGAGCGUCGCCCCCUGGCUCAUCUGUCCAUGCCGUAAUUCCUCCUGCUCUCGCAGCCAGGCUGGGAUUAACGAUGGCCAAAAGGAGUUCUUUGUUCAUCCGAAUUGUGGAGGGGAAAAACUUGCCAGCUAAAGACAUUACAGGAAGCAGUGACCCUUACUGUAUUGUGAAAAUCGACAAUGAAGCCAUCAUCAGGACAGCCACAGUGUGGAAAACCCUGUUCCCUUUCUGGGGUGAAGAAUAUGAGGUCCACUUGCCCCCCACUUUCCAUUGUGUCUCCUUCUAUGUGAUGGACGAAGAUGCCCUAAGCCGGGAUGACGUGAUCGGGAAAGUCUCCCUUACCCACAGCCUGCUGGCUGAGCAUCCCAAAGGUUACAGUGGCUGGCUGAACCUCACCGAAAUUGACCCAGAUGAGGAAGUGCAAGGGGAACUUCACCUCCGAAUUGAAAUCGUAGGCAGUGAGGCGGCCAAGAAACUGCGCUGCCAAGUGUUUGAUGCUCGGGAUUUGGCUCGGAAGGACCGGAAUGGGGCUUCUGACCCCUUCGUCAGAGUUCGCUAUAACGGCAAGACCCAGGAGACUUCAGUGAUCAAAAAGUCCUGCUAUCCAAGAUGGAAUGAGACUUUCGAGUUCGACCUGGACGAGUCGGCCCCAGAGAAGCUGUGCGUCGUAGAGGUGUGGGAUUGGGACCUUGUCAGCCGGAAUGAUUUUCUGGGAAAGGUGGUGUUCAAUGUCGAAGGGCUCCUGACUGUUCAGCAAGAGGAAGGCUGGUUUCUGCUCCGACCAGACAAAUCCAAGCCACCGCAGGAUGAAGGCAACCUGGGAGCUUUGCACCUCCAAGUGCGGCUUCGGGAUGAGAUGGUGCUGCCCUCCAGCCACUACCGGCCUCUCGUGCAGCUUCUGUGUCGAGAGGUUAAGGCAGCAGCACAGGACGGGAAAGCACAUUUAAUAACCCUCAUCGACGAAACCACCACUGCCGAGUGCAGACAGGAAGUUGCCAUCAACCUUGUCAAGCUCUUCCUAGGUCAAGGGUUAGCCAAAGAGUUACUGGAUCUUCUCAUCAAGCUAGAGUUGGACAAAACUGAUGAGCCAAACACGCUCUUUCGGAGCAACUCUCUGGCCUCCAAGUCAAUGGAAUCCUUCCUGAAGGUGGCAGGGAUGCAGUACCUCCACAGGGUCCUGGGUCCAACCGUCAACCGUGUGUUUGAAGAGAAGAGAUGCAUUGAGCUGGAUCCCAGCAAAGUGGAGAGCAAGGAUGUUGGGUGCUCCAGCCUUCACUGGACCCAGAGCGAAAGUGACGUGAUCCAGCAGAGUGUCCACCUCCUUCAGUCCUACCUGACUGACCUCCUCGCUGCCAUCGCCAAGUCCGUCGGGCUGUGUCCCGUGGUCAUCCGUGCCACCUUCCGGCAGCUUUUCAAGCGGGUUGGGGAACAUUUCCCUGAAGAGAAAGACCAGAACAUAAAGUUCAUUGCCAUCACCAGCUUCCUCUGCCUGCGCUUCUUCUCUCCAGCCAUUAUGUCCCCCAAACUGUUUCACCUGCAAGAGAAACACGCUGACGCCCGCACCAGCCGAGCCCUGCUGCUCCUAGCCAAGACGGUCCAGAAUGUGGGGAAUAUGGAUCCGGUCAUCAGUUGUGCCAAGGAAGGCUGGAUGUCCCCUCUGCAGCCCACCAUCCAGCAGGGCGUCGCCCAGAUGAAGCAGUUCAUCCUCCAGCUGAUAGACAUUGAGGAGAAAGAAGAACUGGACUUGCAGAGGGCCCUGACCUUGCCGAGCCCGGUGGUGAAAGAGGGGCCUCUGUUCAUCCACAAGGCCAAAAGCAAAGGCCCUCUCCUCUCCUCGUCCUUCAAGAAGCUCUACUUUGCCCUCACGGGGGAGGCCCUCACCUACGCCAAGACACCCAGCUCCAAGAAAAGCUCCUUCAUUACUCUGGCCAACAUCCGGGUGGCCGAGAAGGUGGAAGAGAAGAGCUUCGGAAGCUCCCACGUCAUGCAGAUUGUCUACAGCGACGAGGCUGGGCAGGCGGAGACCGUUUACCUGCAGUGCAAGUGCGUCAAUGAGCUCAACCAGUGGCUGUCGGCCUUGAGGAAGGUCUGCGUGAACAACACGGGGGUGCUGUGCGCCUACCAUCCGGGCAUCUUUCGGGGAGAGAAGUGGAGUUGCUGCCACCAAAAGGACAAAACAGGUCUGGGCUGUGACAAAACUCGGCACGGAGUUACUCUGCGGGAAUGGAACGACCCUCUGGACCCAGAUUUAGAAGCUCACUUGAUAUUCCGGCAUCUCCUCGGAGUCCGAGAGGCAAUGAAGGAGAAGUAUCUGGAACUGUUGACACUGGAGAAAGGAGAGAACUUUCCUCUGAACCAAAGUGAAGAUCUCGAAAAUGCCGAUGGACCCACCCUGCUUUUCCGAGUGCUGCAGGAUCUGGAGGAAGCGCACGACAAGGAACUCUCCCGCUUGAGGGAUCUGGCUGAUCAAGAGCAGAACUGCCUGGUGGAUCUGCAGACGUGACUCCAGCACAAAACGAAUUGUUUGAGCCAGGCCCGAUUCUGCCACAUCCGUCGGAGCUGCGGCCAACUUCCUGGGACUAAGUCCCUCUGGACUUGCACUCACGUGCUUGGGUGGGGUGGGACGGGGGCUGCUUCUCAGAAGGCCCAGAAGUUGGAUCACUCCUAGCUUAACAUAUAGAGUGAGUUGUCCCCGGUGUGUUCUCAGAACUGAACUGGGAGAGUGAGUUGCCUCCGGUGUGUUCUCAGAACUGAUUUGGGAUAAAGAGACCCACUGGGUCUGUUUUUUUAAAGCCAUCCAAGUUAAUGGCCCUUGAUGCCCCACGUUGUGACAGUAGAUACUGGUUUUGAUGGUUUUAAAACGCCAUUGGACAAACUGGUGGAAGAGAGGUCAAUCAGUGGGUAUUAAUCACACUGGAACCUUCAUAUCCGGAGCCAGUCUAUCUCCCUGAUGACCAGUUGCCAUGGGGGAGGCACCUACAAUGGGGGGGGGGCUUUGCCCUUUGCGUUUUGCUUGUGGGUCUUGCAGGCCAUCCAGCUACAUCCAAUUUCCCCCCCUCCCUGCUAGGCAAUGAGCAAUUUUCUUUCUGUAUUGUCGCAUAGUUGAAGAUGAAUAAACAGGUGCCGUGGCCGUCUGGCUAUGAGGGACAAGGGGAGAGGCACGGGUGCUUCAGCCGUGUGUGUGUGGGGGGGCACCUGCAUGGA